AUGACGCGACCAGCUGAGGCUCCACCAGGUGAUUCCAUUACCGGCAACACGAUAACCUCCGAUUCGAUCAACGCCAAAGGCGACCUUGAAAAACACGACUACGAAAUCACAGCUACAUCGACGGAAGUUGAUGACUACCCUGCUCCCACAGAAGAAGAAAAGGCCUCCCUGCGCAAAGUCCCCGCGUCUCUCCCUCUGGUGUCGUUCUCGCUUUGUAUUGUCGAAUUCGCGGAGCGCGCAUCCUACUAUGGCGCAAAGAAUAUCUUUUCGAACUUCAUCCAAUUUCCUCUGCCAAAGGGUGGAAAUGGAGCCGGCGCUCCUCCGAGGGGCACACAGGAGACGGCCGGUGCUUUGGGGAUGGGCCUGCAGGCCAGCUCAGGGCUAGUCCUUCUGUUUGCCUUCUUGGCUUAUGUCCUGCCUAUUCUUGGUGGAUGGUGGGCCGACGUCUAUGUGGGCCGGUACAAGGCAAUUUGCGUUGGUGUAGCAAUAUGCGGUGUCGCACAUAUUAUCCAGAUCAUCGGCGCCAUACCCUCCGUCCUCCAGAAAGGGCCAGCGCAUGCUGCACCUCCGUUUAUAAUCGGCCUUCUCCUUCUGGCGCUUGGGGCUGGGAUCUUCAAGCCCAACAUCGCACCCACGAUCCUCGACCAGAAUCGCCAGAAGAAGCAGUACACUAAGGUUCUGAAGACAGGAGAGAAAGUCAUUGUCGAUCCGGAGUUGACCACCACGCGGACGAUGCUGGUUUUCUACGCGUUCGUGAAUAUUGGUGCUUUCUACAUGCUUCCGACUGCGUAUGCAGAGAAAUAUGUUGGGUUCUGGUUGUCGUGGGUGCUGGCUGGAGCGAUAUACUUCCUCCUCCCGGUUGUGUUGGCGUUGGUCUAUAAGAAGACGUACAAGCAGCCCCCGAGCGGCAGUUCUGAUCUCACCAAGGCCGUGAAAAUUAUCUCGACCGCUCUCCGACGCAACAAAUACCGCGUUUGGAAGAAGAAUUUCUUUGAUGCCGCGAAGCCUAGGGCGCUUGCCGCGGAGGGCAUUGAGGUAGAUUGGGACGAGAAGCUCGUGGACGAUAAUCGCACAGUGGCUACUGAAGUUUUCUUCUACUUUCCCAUCUGGCUCCUGAACGACGGCGGCAUCGGCUCCGUCUCCACUAAUCAAGGUGCCUCGAUGACCACCAACGGCGCCCCCAAUGAUCUCCUGAACAAUUUCAACGCCUUGACAAUCAUCGUUACGAUUCCAUUCCUCAGCCACGUCGUCUACCCCACUCUCGCGCGGUACAAGAUUUCUUUUGGCCCCGCAAGCCGGAUUACCUUUGGAUUCAUCCUCGCAACCAUCUCCGGCGUCAUCGCAGCGAUCGUCCAGUGGCGCGUGUACAAGACCUCACCUUGCGGCUAUCAGGCCUCAACCUGCGACGACGUCAGCCCACUAAGCAUCUGGUGGCAGAUCCCGAACACGGUGCUGGGCGCGCUCUCGGAGUGUUUCUGCAAUGUGACGGCGUAUGAGCUGGCGUAUUCGCGGGCGCCGCCGAGUAUGCGUGGCCUGGUCAUGGCUAUAUUUCUGUUUAUGAAUGCGCUAUCCAGUGCGCUGGGGGAGAUAUUGAUUCCGGCGACGAAGGACCCGUGGCUGAUUUGGAUCUGGGCCGCGCCGGCUGUUGCGUUGGCUGUGCAGACUGUGGUCUUCUGGUGGCGGUUCAGACACCUGAAUGAUGAGAAGUUUAUGACAGAUGAGAAGGAUUAUCACUAG